CUUUUAAAAAGUCCGAUUCUAGUUUGUUGUCUCACAUGCAGCUGGGCGAGUGGGGCCGGAGCGCGGUCUGGUGUGCAGAUGCUGGAAAAAAAAACUUCAACAGUUCCACGUGUGGGUGAAGAAAGCUGCCACAGCGAUCCAGAAAUCCCUUUGCACGGGAUAUGAUUUAUCACUGACACUUGGACAACCUUGAAGAAGAUAACGGCUACGCAACAGCACGAGUUCUCCAAGUAUUUUUUGAGAGACUGUGCGGACAAGAAGAAGAAGAAUUGAACUUAACGCGACAGGUACUGGCAAAGAAAAUUAAGCAUGCGAGAAGAGGUCAAGUCCAUGGAUGUCCACUCAGAAGGUCAGGUGGUCUCCAGGGCAGAGAUUAAGGCGAGACAACCCUCUAACACCUGUCCGGUCGUCGUGGCAACACCUGGACUCAACGCACGCAAGCGGCAAACAGGAAGCCAAGAUCAUGUGACAGCCAUGCCCGUAUCUAACGAGGGCAAACCAGGGCAAGACAGCGUUCAGAUUUACACACCUAACGGACCCAAAAGAAUCAAGAGAAGUCCUCAGCAUCGCUCACCUUCUUCUGGUCCGUCCCUCUCGCCUGUCCCCGGUCCCAGCCCCGGAGGUUUGGGAUCCCUGGAAGACUCCCACACCCAAAGAGUCAUCGCCAACAUUCGCGAACGGCAACGGACGCAAUCCUUGAACGAAGCCUUCGCCUCUCUGCGUAAAAUCAUCCCAACACUGCCGUCUGACAAACUGAGCAAGAUCCAAACACUCAAGCUAGCGUCACGUUACAUUGACUUCUUAUAUCAAGUUCUCCAAAGUGACGAGAUGGACAGCAAGUUAACUGGGUGCAACUACCUGGCUCACGAAAGACUUAGCUAUGCGUUUUCAGUGUGGAGGAUGGAAGGAGCUUGGUCGUCCAUGUCAGCUGGACACUAGUGAUUAGCCAAAUUUGAUCAUGUUAUUGAUUUGCUGACUGGACAAUGUGACGCAGAAGGUUGUAACUAUUGAGACUUUUAACGCCAAAAUGUAUAUGUAAAAAAAAAAUCUAUGUUUCGAUCUUACUUGAGAUAAUUGUUAUGAACUUUGAGACCAUAUACAACAAUGGUAUAUUUGGGCAAACUGACACUACUUGAUCAUCAUAUAGAAAUCCAGAGAUGCACAUUUUGAACAGAAAACUCAAACUUGGAGUAAGCAAGCAAGACCUCUGGCAAAUCCCUGACUAUUCCAACUCUUUUUUCCAAGUUACUUUAUGGAUCCCCGACCACCUCUGAACUCUAAAGACUGUGGAAAAAGCAUCCGUGGGCAGCAAACUCCACUCUCUUCUCUCCUUUUUCUAAAAAACCCGAACCAAGCCCCUUUGUUUCUUGCAGUGCCAAAAAAAAACUCCUCUGCUGAAUUCUUUCCUCUCGUUCUGGCCCUAUUCUGCUAGCCUUGCACGAAACGCCGAUACAGCCCUGCACUCCGGCGCGCUGACGAGGAGGCGUAAUGAAAACAAACGAUUACGAAAAGCCAUGAAUCACCGGUGUCACCAUCAAAGAGGAAGCUGAUGCGGCUCCCUGCUGCGCUCCCAUAAACCACUGGGAGCGAUGGAGGAGAUGCUAAAGUCACUGCGUCCUCACAAACAAAUGUGCUUCGAUUCUUCUGCUGUAAUGGACCGCUGCAAAUGGAACUAUUUAUGGACUUCAAAGGCCUCUGACAAAUAGUUGCCCGCAUGUGGAAAGACGACAUGUUUGGCCCAAAACGCAGCCAAACCGACAUCCUGGGAGAAAAUACCAAAGUUCUGUGGAGGACUUUGAUAUAAAGUUUCAUGAUCAUCAAUGCUGUUGUGGUUGUGUGGACUGGAGCAGCCAUUUUGUGCCAUUCCAUUAACUCAAAUAAGUAAAUAAAAUAUAUAAAAUAUUUUAAGUCA